AUGGAUGGCUCUGAAAAAUUGAGAUCUCUUGUUAUUGAUAAAUUCCAAAAGACACGUUGCUUUAAAAACGUGAAAUCUUUACCAGUGGAUUACGACACUAACAAAAAAGCGUGGAUGACCGUCAACAUUGGGGAGAAAACAAUACGGCGUUUAGACAGGCAGUUUGUGAAGAAGAAGCGAAAAGUUGUUUUCAUAGCAGACAAUUGCACAGCUCAUACCAACAUCCCACAGUUAGCCUCGAUUGAGCUUGUUUUCUUGCCUUCCAAUGUGACCAGCGUUCUCCAACCAUUGGAUCAAGGAGUUAUUCAAAACCUAAAAGUGAACUAUCGUAAGCUCCUCUUGAAGGACUUAGUUGCUGCCAUCGACCAAAAAAAGGAGUUUCAUGUCUUGGAUGCCAUUUUCUAUGUGCACAAAAGUUGGAACAUGAUGUCCACCACAUGCAUAGCGAAUUGUUUUCGUCAGGCUGGUUUUGUGAGUUCUCUGAAUAUCGUGGAUGACGAAACCGAAGAAGACGAUAUUCCUCUAUCUGGUUUGAUGGAAUAUUUGAAAAAUCGUGGCCAUGCCAUUGAAGGGGAGGCUGAAUAUGGUUUGGUUGAUGAGGAAAUUGCCACCACUUCUGAAGCUACAAUUUCUGAAAUUGUGGACAGUGAGGACAAUGACAGUGAUCCUGAGACUGUAGUUGUAACCCAAGUGGAAGCCUUCAAUGCAAUAAAUGCCUUACGAAAUUUUUUUACAAACCAUGAGGGAGCUGAGGAACAUUUUGAGAAGUUUCAAAAUCUAGAAAACAUUGUUCGAAAAAUUAAACCAAAAACGAGACAGACCUGCAUAAAUGAUUAUCUUAAAUAA